GCGCCGCGCGGCCGGAGAGACUCGCCGGACCUCCCGGGCGUCCCUGCAAGGACCCCUCGGCUUCUCCUAGCACGGAUCGCCCUUAUUUCCAGUUUCCGAGCGGGCUGCUGCGCCCCAAUAGCUGAGGAGCUGCGCUCACCGCAGGGGCGGGCCCCUGCCUGCGUUCGCGGCGCCAGCAGAAGACUGAUCUUUGAAAAUAUGUAUUUGGGAGAUAGACACGUAUUGAAUACCUUGUGCUGGUGCUGCCAUCGAAAAAUCUGGUUACAUUCUGGGGGGGCCUGCUACCACUGCAGGACUGAACCGCCACAGCCCUGAGAUGAGUGACUGGCCUGAACGGGCACACAAUGAAUAGAUACACAAUGAUCAAGCAGCUUGGGGAUGGAACCUAUGGUUCUGUCUUGCUGGGGAGAAGUAUCGAGUCUGGAGAACUGAUUGCUAUUAAAAAAAUGAAAAGAAAGUUUUAUUCCUGGGAGGAGUGCAUGAACCUUCGGGAGGUUAAGUCUUUAAAGAAGCUCAACCAUGCUAAUGUAGUAAAAUUGAAAGAAGUUAUCAGGGAAAAUGAUCAUCUUUAUUUUAUCUUCGAGUACAUGAAGGAAAACCUUUAUCAGCUCAUUAAAGAAAGAAAUAAGUUGUUCCCUGAGUCUGCUAUAAGGAAUAUCAUGUACCAGAUAUUGCAAGGACUCGCGUUUAUUCACAAACACGGCUUCUUCCAUCGGGACUUAAAACCUGAGAACCUCCUCUGCAUGGGACCAGAACUUGUGAAAAUUGCAGACUUUGGAUUGGCCCGAGAAAUCCGAUCAAGACCUCCAUAUACAGAUUAUGUAUCUACCAGAUGGUACAGGGCUCCAGAAGUACUCCUGAGGUCUACCAACUACAGCUCCCCCAUUGACAUCUGGGCCGUGGGCUGCAUCAUGGCAGAAGUGUACACUCUGAGGCCACUGUUCCCUGGGGCCAGUGAAAUUGACACCAUAUUCAAAAUUUGCCAAGUGUUGGGGACACCGAAAAAGACCGACUGGCCUGAGGGCUACCAACUUUCAAGUGCGAUGAACUUCCGCUGGCCUCAGUGUAUACCCAAUAAUUUAAAGACCCUGAUUCCAAAUGCUAGCAGUGAAGCAAUUCAGCUCAUGAGAGACAUGCUUCAGUGGGAUCCCAAGAAACGACCAACAGCUAGUCAGGCCCUUCGAUAUCCUUACUUUCAGAUUGGGCACCCACUGGGCAGCACCACCCAGAACCUCCAAAAUUCAGGAAAACCACCGAAAGAUGUUCUGGAAAAGGCAGGCCCACCUUCCCAAAUUAAACCUGUCCCUCCUGCGCAGCCCCCAACCAAGCCACACACACGAAUUUCUUCACGACAACAUCAAAGCAGCCAGCCCCCUCCACAUCUUGUGUUCCCCUACAAAGCGGAGUCCUCCAGGGCAGAUCACCUGAGCCAUCUCCAUGACGACAAGCCAAGCCCACUGCUUUUCCCAUCCCUCCACAACAAGAACCCUCAGUCGAAAAUCUUAGCUGGCCCGGAGCACAAAAAUGGUGAGAUCAAGCCAAAGAGUAGGAGAAGAUGGGGUCUUGUUUCCAGGUCAACAAAGGAUUCAGAUGAUUGGGCUGACUUGGAUGACUUGGAUUUCAGUCCAUCCCUCACCAGGAUUGAUUUGAAGAACAAAAAAAGACAGAGCGAUGAAACUCUCUGCAGAUUUGAGAGUGUUUUGGACCUGAAGCCCUCUGAGCAUGUGGGUACAGGAAACAGUGCCCCCAGCCAGACUUCCUCUCAGAGGCGAGACACGCCCACCUUGAGAUCCACAGCCAAGCAGCACUACUUGAAGCACUCUCGAUACUUACCUGGAAUAAAUAUAAGAAAUGGCAUACUCCCAAAUCCAGGCAAGGAUUUUAUUCCAUCUAAUCCAUGGUCUAGUUCUGGUUUGUCUGGAAAAUCUUCAGGGACAGUAUCAGUAAUCAGCAAAAUUAAUUCAGUUGGUUCCGGCUCUACAAGUUCCAGUGGACUAACUGGAAAUUACAUCCCUUCCUUUCUCAAAAAAGAAAUUGGUUCGACUGUGCAACGGGUACACUUGGCACCUAUUCCAGAUCCUUCCCCCGGUUAUUCUUCUCUAAAGACUGUGAGACCUCAUCCUGGGCGGCCCUUCUUCCACACUCAGCCUCGAAGCACUCCUGGCCUGAUGCCUCGACCCCCGCCUGCCCAACCAGUGCAUGGCCGGACGGACUGGACUUCCAAGUAUGCAUCUCGGCGAUGACUAUUGUAAGGCUCCGUGGAAGGGAAAGCAGGACACUUUCCCCUGGCUCUUUGUGGCUUUCUACCUGCGAGAAACAGGAGGACACUGUAUAACACUUUAUAGUUAUCUUCUGAACAGAGACAUUUCAGUCUUUUUUUGAAAGUUUUUUUGUUUUGUUUUGUUUUUUAAAUAUUAAUUUGAAGGCAAUACCCCUUUUUUGUACAAAAUUAUUUUAUUCUAAAACUGGGUCCCGUUAUUUUCUUAAACAGCAGCAUUUUGUAUAUAUAUGGAUUAUGUUAGCAUUUUAUACAGUCAACUUUGUAAUGAAUUUU